UCUCAGUAUUUCUAAAACAAUUGUGAAGAACAAUCAGUUAUCAAUUAUCAGCAUACAAAAAUCCUCAACAGCAGAUUCCAACUCAGAAAUAGGCAAUCUAAAGAUUUGCUACCUAUACAAACUUUGAAAUAUCCUCAAGUUUAAAAAAUCUUAACCAUAACCAUGUACGACGACGAGCCAAUCUCCAGCUUUGUGUUUUCCAACGAGGAGACGACGCAGACCUUCCACCACCAGUGGUUCGCCCAGGGUGAGUUGCACGAGUGCGCCACCUGCUUCAGCUCCAUCCACGCAGAUGAGCCACCAUCCCAGCACUGGCUGCGUGGAGGAGAAGCAUCCCAGGGCCUGCAGCUCACCAAGCAGCAGCAGGCUGUCCUGGACAUCAUCGAGGCCCGCCAGAUCGAGACCUUCUUCUUCUGCGACGAGAGCUCCAAGGACAAGCUGGACCACUUCAUGGGGGAGACCUGUGCCCGGGGAGUGCCCGAGCUGCUCCGCUGGAUGUUCCAGAACAACACCGUGGCCGUGGAGUUCAGCCUGGCUUGCUAUGUGAACUCCAUGGACCAGGUGCUGAUCUUCCAGAGCGGUUCCCUGCGGGUGGACCACCACUACGACGUGGACGAGUGCGUGGGAGUGGUCUACGAGAUGCUGAUGCAGAGGAUCGAGAACUAUCUCCACUGCAGCAGUGAAUACGGGAUGGCCGAGUGCAGCAUCACCAGAUUGAAGGUUCAGGUCAAGAGGAUUCGGGUGGAUGCGGAAAGCCAGCCGGCGGAGUCAGCCCUCUUUGCACUGCCCCUGCAGCUGAAACAGGAUGAGGGUCUGUCCACCAAAUCCACAUCCACCACCAGCGAAUCGGAAUUGGCCAGCCUGCGCUCCGCCUACCUGAAGCACUUCCGCGAAUGCAACGGCUACUUCCCGCCCAACAUGCGGGUCAAUCUCUACGGACUGCAGCAGUGCAAGACCACCAAGGAGCUGUAUGUGGUGCCCUAUCAUGUCAGCGAAACCCUUCAGCAGCUGCCCAACAAGAACUUCCUCAUCCUGAACAACAUAAUGGGGCAGUUCCAGCGGCUGCACGAGCUCUCCACCCCCGUGAAGUCCCUCGAAAGGGACCAGCUCAGCUCGCCACUGAGGGAACUCCACUGCCGGAGGUGUCGCACCCAGUUCUCGCGGAGCAGCAAACUGCACAUCCACGAGAAGCUGCGCUGCGGCCAGGACUUCUCCGUGGACAGCAUGCACGCGGACAUCGUGGAGAUCUACGAGCAGUGCCUGCCCAUCUCGAGGAGCGUCUUCCAGUAUGCCUGCUACGGCAUCACCAAGCCCAAGACCGUGAUGCGGAAGGGCCAGUUCGUGCCCAUCGAGUGCGACUGGCGCAGCGAGAGCUCCGUGAAGGUCCAGCACGGACCCUGUGUCGUCAUCAGCAACGCCCAGCACAGCAGUCCCUGUAAAUUCUAUUAAUAAAUAAAUACAGUUUAAGCAAGAA